GCGCCGGGCUGGGGAUGAGCUAAGCGGGUUCAGAGCGCCGCGGCAUCCAGCCCCUCGUGUCCCGCCGCCGUCGGGAGGGGACAGUGCACCACUCUCCAAGCUCGACCCGUUGCUCGCGCUGGAGCCAGCGGUGAGUCUUUCUCAAAUUCUGAGGCUUGCAGAAUUCACAAAUUGAGAUUUGGCAUCAUUUUCAGAGAAAGACCUUCAGUAAUGUAUGUAACCUUCUGUAAUGGAAGAUGAUUGAAGAUAAGGGGCCUCGUGUUGCUGACUACUUUGUUGUAGCUGGAUUAACUGAUGUUUCAAAGCCUCUGGAAGAAGAAAUUCACUUCAAUGAUGCCUGUCAUAAAGUAGCUAAACCAAAAGAACCUAUUACAGAUGUUGCAGUUAUUAUUAAAUCUCUUGGGGAGGAAGUGCCACGGGAUUAUAUCUGUAUUGAUGUUACUCCAACUGGAUUGUCAGCUGAUCUCAAUAAUGGAAGUCUUGUGGGGCCACAGAUUUACCUUUGCUACAGAAGAGGAAGAGAUAAGCCUCCACUUACAGAUCUGGGGGUUUUAUACGACUGGAAAGAAAGAUUGAAACAAGGGUGUGAAAUUAUUCAGAGUACUCCGUAUGGACGCCCUGCAAAUAUUAGUGGCAGUACCUCAUCACAAAAAAUUUAUAUCACUUACCGAAGAGCCUCUGAAAACAUGACUCAGAAUACGUUGGCUGUCACAGACAUAUGUAUUAUCGUACCCAGUAAAGGAGAAAGCCCACCACACACGUUUUGCAAAGUCGACAAGAAUCUCAAUAACAGUAUGUGGGGAUCAGCAGUGUACUUAUGUUAUAAAAAAUCAGUGGCAAAGACUAACACUAUAUCUUACAAAGCUGGUCUAAUUUGUAGAUAUCCUCAAGAAGAUUAUGAGUCUUUCUCACUCCCAGAAUCUGUUCCCCUAUUUUGUUUACCAAUGGGUGCAACUAUUGAAUGUUGGCCACCAAAUAGCAAAUACCCUCUCCCUGUUUUUUCUACAUUUGUGUUAACUGGAGCCUCAGCUGAAAAGGUCUAUGGUGCUGCUAUUCAGUUUUAUGAACCAUACUCUGAGGAAAAUCUCACAGAAAAACAGAGACUUCUCUUGGGUUUAGCAUCAUCAGCAGAUGGGAAAUCUGAUAGUUCCAAAACAAUUCACACUAAUAAAUGCAUCUGUCUUCUUUCUCACUGGCCUUUUUUUGACGCAUUCAGGAAGUUUCUGACUUUUCUGUAUCGUUAUUCUAUCUCUGGACCUCAUGUCCUUCCAAUUGAGAAGCAUAUUUCUCAUUUUAUGCAUAAAGUUCCUUUUCCAUCUCCUCAGAGGCCGCGGAUUUUAGUUCAGUUAUCACCACAUGAUAAUCUGAUUCUCAGUCAACCUGUUUCUUCACCUCUUCCACUAAGUGGUGGCAAGUUUUCAACACUACUUCAAAAUUUAGGCCCUGAAAAUGCUGUGACACUACUUGUGUUUGCAGUAACAGAACAUAAGAUUCUCAUCCAUUCCCUACGCCCUUCCGUGCUUACUAGUGUGACAGAAGCAUUAGUGUCUAUGAUUUUCCCUUUCCACUGGCCAUGCCCAUAUGUUCCUCUCUGCCCACUGGCUUUAGCAGAUGUCUUGAGUGCACCAUGUCCAUUCAUAGUAGGAAUUGAUUCAAGAUACUUUGAUCUCUAUGACCCUCCACCAGAUGUCAGUUGUGUUGACCUAGACACCAACACCAUUUCUCAAACUGGUGACAAGAAAAAUGUAGCUUGGAAGAUACUUCCAAAGAAACCAUGUAAAAAUCUGAUGAACACACUGAAUAAUUUGCACCAGCAGCUGGCAAAAUUGCAGCAGAGACCAAGAGACGAUGGACUAAUGGACUUAGCAAUGAAUGACUAUGAUUUUAAUUCUGGAAAGAGGUUGCACAUGAUAGAUUUGGAAAUCCAAGAGGCAUUUUUGUGUUUCAUGGCCUCUAUUUUAAAAGGCUAUAGAUCAUACUUAAGACCAAUAACACAAGCCCCAUCUGAGACAGCCACAGAUGCGUCCUCUCUUUUUGCCUUGCAAGCUUUCUUAAGAAGCCGGGACCGAUCACAUCAAAAAUUCUAUAACAUGAUGACCAAAACACAAAUGUUCAUUCGCUUCAUCGAGGAAUGUUCUUUUGUCAGUGAUAAAGAUGCAAGCCUGGCAUUUUUUGAUGACUGUGUAGAUAAAGUGGAUAUGGACAAGAGUGGUGAAAUGCGACUUAUAGAACUGGAUGAAUCUUUCAAAAGUGAACAUACUGUUUUUGUAACACCACCUGAGAUCCCCCAUCUACCCAAUGGUGAAGAACCCCCUUUACAGUACAGCUAUAAUGGAUUUCCAGUUCUUAGAAACAAUUUAUUUGAGAGACCUGAAGGAUUUCUACAAACACGAAAGAACAAAUUGCCUUCAAAAUCAAGUAGUCCUAGUAGCCCUUCUCCCAUGUUCAGAAGAACAAAACAGGAAAUUAAAUCAGCCCAUAAAAUUGCCAAGAAGUAUUCUUCUAUUCCCCAAAUGUGGUCUAGGUGUCUACUGCGUCACUGUUACGGACUAUGGUUUAUUUGUCUGCCAGCUUAUGUGAAAGUAUGUCAUUCAAAAGUCAGGGCCCUGAAAACAGCAUAUGAUGUGCUUAAAAAAAUGCAGUCAAAGAAGAUGGAUCCCCCUGAUGAGGUGUGCUACCGCAUUCUCAUGCAGCUCUGUGGACAGUAUGAUCAGCCCGUGCUUGCAGUUCGAGUGCUUUUCGAAAUGCAGAAAGCUGGUAUUGACCCCAAUGCCAUUACUUAUGGUUAUUAUAAUAAGGCUGUUCUGGAAAGUACUUGGCCCUCAAGAAGUCGUAGUGGCUAUUUUCUUUGGACAAAAGUAAGAAACGUUGUUUUAGGAGUAGCACAGUUCAAAAGAGCUUUAAAGAAACACGCACACUUAUCACAAACAACUCUCUCAGAUGGCAGUGACCUGGAUGCUAUUAGUCAUGGCAGCAUGGAUAGUGGUCAUGGGACACAAACUGUGGAGCAGGCACCUUUUAAUACGGGUUUAAUCAAAGUAUAUGCUACUGAUGAUAGAUCUAGUACAGGUGGCCAGUCUGAUCUUGGGUAUAAUUCAUUAUCUAAGGAUGAAGUUAGAAGAGGGGAUAUAUCUACUGAAGAAAUUCAAGAAGAAAAAGAUAAGAAAGGGAGUGAUUCUAGUUCCCUAUCAGAGAGCGAGAGUGCAAAAGGAAGUGCUGAUUGUCUUCCUGAGCUUAAUUAUCAAAGUUCUUCCAGUAUAGUUCGCCCCAGUGGCACCAGUGACAAUGGUGCUGAUAAAAUAUCAGAAGAAGGCUCUGAAAGCACAUCUGAGCUGCUCUUAAUGUCAUCCUUUGAGGGUCCAAAUGAAACAGGAAAGAGUCAAAGUAGAUGCUUCAGGAAAAGACAUAAAAGUGACAACGAAGCUGAUUUGCAGCAGCGACUCUCCUGGGGAAGCAGAGAGCGCAGUCUUAGCGGAGGAGUACUGGUGGGACUUGUGCUCAGUAGAGUCAACCAGGAAGCAAAUCCUGGAGACAUGGCCGAAAAACUAGGAGCUGACGCAAAAAUACUUUCAAAUGUGAUCUCAAAAAGCACAAGACCAACUAGUCUUGAUAUUGGAAAGCCACCUUUGAGAUCAAAAAGAGACAGUCUAGAAAAGGAAUCUAGUGAUGACGAUACACCUUUCGAUGGUUCCGAUUGUUUGGCAGAUAAAGUGGAUUCUCCCGUUAUUUUUGAUUUGGAGGACUUAGACAGCGAAACAGAUGGGUCAAAAGUGGGAUAUGUUGCUUCACAAAACCCCAAGAGGAUUCAGCGUCUCAGCAGCAGCUUUUCAGUAAAACCCUCUGAAAAAACAGAUGUCGCCACGGGAUUUGAUCCCCUCUCCCUUUUGGUUGCUGAGACUGAACAGCAGCACAAAGGGGAGGAGGAGGAGGAUGACGAUGACAGCAAAAGCGUUUCAACACCAUCCGCUAGGCGUGAUUUGGCUGAAGAAAUUGUGAUGUAUAUGAAUAACAUGAGCAGUCCGUUGACGAGCCGCACGCCAAGCAUUGAUUUACAACGGGCAUGUGAUGAUAAAUCAACUGGUAAGAAAAGUCCAACACUGGUCAAGGCGUGCAGAAGAUCCAGCUUGCCUCCUCAUUCUCCUAGGCCGAUGAGACUUACCAAAUCUAAAAGUUACACGAAAACUGAGGAGAGACCAAGGGACAGACUCUGGUCUUCUCCGGCCUUCUCACCUACUUGCCCAUUUAGGGAAGACUCUCAAGAUGCAUUAACCCAUUCGUCACCUUCAUUUAAUUUAGAUACACUGCUAGUACCUAAACUAGACGUUCUGAGGAACAGUAUGUUUACUGCUGGGAAAGGAGUUGCAGAGAAAGCCAGCAAAUGGUAUUCAAGAUUCACCAUGUAUACCACCUCAUCUAAGGAUCAAAGUUCUGAUCGUACCAGUCUUUCUUCAGUGGGAGCCCAGGAUUCUGAAUCUACCUCUUUAACAGAUGAAGAUGUUUGCCAGGAGUUGGAAGGAGCCACUUCCUCCCAAGAGAGCAGUGCCACUUCAGGGACUAAGGGAAUUGAUUUCAGCAGAACAAGCCUGGAAAGUUCUGCCUCCUUAGAAGGAUCCCUGUCGAAGUUUGCCCUACCUGGGAAGUCAGAAGUGACAUCUUCCUGCAACACAAGUAAUACAAAUAUCUUCCAGAACUAUGCAAUGGAGGUCCUUAUCUCAAGUUGCUCUCGGUGUAGAACUUGCGAUUGUCUUGUCCAUGAUGAGGAAAUCAUGGCUGGCUGGACAGCAGAUGAUUCAAAUCUCAAUACUACAUGCCCGUUUUGUGGCAAUCUUUUCUUGCCUUUUCUGAAUAUUGAAAUAAGAGAUUUAAGACGACCUGGAAGGUACUUUCUGAAGUCAAGCCCAUCUACAGAAAAUAUGCAUUUUCCAUCCUCCUUUUCAAGUCAGACAAGGCAGUCUUGUAUCUCAACAUCAGCCACUGGUCUUGACACAUCUGUUAUCUCUGUUCAAGGGAAUUUUGAUCUCAAUAGCAAAUCUAAACUGCUGGAAAAUACAUGUGCCCGAAGUAUUCAGAUCCCUGCUGAUAGAUCAAAAACAGCUGUGUCAAAAUGUCCACUAUUUCCAAUGGCCAGGAGUGUUAGUACUUAUGGCCCCUUGGAUAAGGAAGACCCUGGAGGGCAGAAACUCAUUUCUACAGGCAGCCUGCCAACUACUUUACAAGGAGCUACAGAUUCUUUAGGAUUAGAGUGGCAUCUCCCAAGUCCAGAUCCUAUCACUGUUCCCUAUCUUAGUCCUUUAGUGGUAUGGAAGGAACUCGAAAGCUUAUUGGAAAAUGAAGGUGAUCAUGCCAUAACAGUGGCAGACUUUGUGGACCAUCAUCCAAUUGUGUUUUGGAACCUGGUGUGGUAUUUUAGACGUCUUGACUUACCCAGUAAUUUACCUGGAUUGAUUCUUUCUUCUGAGCACUGUAACAAGUAUUCAAAGAUUCCUCGCCACUGUAUGUCUGAAGAUAGUAAAUAUGUUUUAAUACAGAUGUUAUGGGACAAUAUGAAAUUACAUCAGGAUCCGGGACAGCCCUUGUACAUCCUCUGGAAUGCCCACACCCAAAAGUAUCCAAUGGUCCAUUUAUUGCAAAAAGGUGAUAAUUCAUUUAACCAGGAACUAUUGAAAAAUAUGGUAAAAAGCAUUAAAAUGAAUGAUGUCUAUGGACCAAUGAGUCAGAUUUUAGAGACCCUGAAUAAAUGCCCUCAUUUUAAAAGACAGAGGAGUUUAUAUAGAGAAAUACUAUUUCUCUCGCUUGUGGCACUGGGAAGAGAAAACAUUGAUAUAGAUGCAUUUGAUAAAGAAUACAAGAUGGCAUACGAUCGCCUCACACCUAGUCAAGUCAAAAGUACACACAACUGUGAUCGACCACCAAGUACAGGGGUGAUGGAAUGUCGAAAAACCUUUGGAGAACCUUAUCUUUAA